CUCCGGUGACAGAAGACAGGACUUUGAUAAUUAGUUCGGGGCGGGCUAAGGAGUGUUCAAGUAGGCAACUAGGCAUCUUGAGACAAACAGGUAGUUGGUUGAUCGCGGAGAAGGAAAAUGUAAAGGAAAAGCAGCUGAAGCAAGAUCCAGGGCAUAUCCCUGGAAUGCGGACGUUGUGUUCUUUAAAAAAUGCAUGUGACAAACCCUUCAGAAGUCUGCAAAAGCUGAAUUUUCUUUCUUUCUUCUUUUUUUAAAAAGCAUCCUGCCUAUGUAAAUGUCACCACAAAAAUAUCUCAAGAGCAGGUUUCCCGAAACCCUGUUGGUGUGUGUUUGUCUGCGUGAAUGGGCUGUGUUUGGCUAGGGCUUGGUCGAGCCAGGGUGCACUGCAUGUCUGUGUUGCAGCCUGCAGACCUGGAGCGGUUUAGAGACCGUGUGGCGUUCGUAGAUUUCUUUAAGUGCUAAAUGCAACUUUGAAAAUUACCUGCAAGCUCCAACUGAUCUUUCAACUUUGAAAGUGAAGAAUUACUUGAGGAAUUCUUGUGGUUUCUUUGUCAUUGAGUGAGAGCCCAGCCAGCUACUGUGGAGGCGAGCCACCCCAGGUUGCCUACAAAGGGCAAUGUUCCAGUGUGUUUUCUCCUCGAGUGUGCUUGAGCCGCACAGCACUUCCUGUUUAUUCAAACAUCUUUUUUACCACUCGGCAACCCCCGCUUCACAGAAACAGCCAGAGCCCAUCUACAGCAAGAAGACGGAAAGCCAAAGGCAGACAGUGCGAGCUCCCUCCGCCAAACUCUUCAUUUUCUCUGCACUUCAGGUGGCAAGACAGCUCCUUUUGCAGCAGCAACAGCAGCAGCAGCAAGUUAGUGGAUUAAAAUCUCCCAAGAGGAAUGACAAACAACCAGCUCUUCAGGUUCCCGUGUCAGUGGCUAUGAUGACACCUCAAGUUAUCACUCCCCAGCAAAUGCAGCAGAUCCUUCAGCAACAAGUGCUGAGCCCUCAGCAGCUACAAGUUCUCCUCCAGCAGCAGCAGGCCCUCAUGCUUCAACAGCAGCAGCUUCAAGAGUUUUAUAAAAAACAACAGGAACAGUUGCAGCUUCAACUUUUACAACAACAACAUGCUGGAAAACAGCCUAAAGAGCAACAGCAGGUGGCUACCCAGCAGCUGGCGUUUCAGCAACAGCUUUUACAGAUGCAGCAGUUACAGCAGCAGCACCUCCUGUCUUUGCAGCGCCAAGGCCUUCUGACAAUUCAGCCCGGGCAGCCUGCCCUUCCCCUUCAACCUCUUGCUCAAGGCAUGAUUCCAACAGAACUGCAGCAGCUCUGGAAAGAAGUGACAAGUGCUCAUACUGCAGAAGAAACCACAGGCAACAAUCACAGCAGUUUGGAUCUGACCACAACAUGUGUCUCUUCCUCUGCACCUUCCAAGACCUCCUUAAUAAUGAACCCACAUGCCUCUACCAAUGGACAGCUCUCAGUCCACACUCCCAAAAGGGAAAGUUUGUCCCACGAGGAGCACCCCCAUAGCCAUCCUCUCUAUGGACACGGUGUGUGCAAGUGGCCAGGCUGUGAAGCAGUGUGCGAAGAUUUCCAAUCAUUUCUAAAACAUCUCAACAGUGAGCAUGCGCUGGACGAUAGAAGUACAGCCCAAUGUAGAGUACAAAUGCAGGUUGUACAGCAGUUAGAGCUACAGCUUGCAAAAGACAAAGAACGCCUGCAAGCCAUGAUGACCCAUCUGCAUGUGAAGUCUACAGAACCCAAAGCCGCCCCUCAGCCUCUGAAUCUGGUGUCAAGUGUCACACUCUCCAAGUCCGCAUCAGAGGCUUCUCCACAGAGCUUACCUCAUACUCCAACGACCCCAACUGCCCCCUUGACUCCCGUCACCCAAGGCCCCUCUGUCAUCACCACCACCAACAUGCAUACGGUGGGACCCAUCCGCAGGCGGUACUCAGACAAAUACAACGUGCCCAUUUCUUCAGCAGAUAUUGCGCAGAACCAAGAAUUUUAUAAGAACGCAGAAGUUAGACCACCAUUUACAUAUGCAUCUUUAAUUAGGCAGGCCAUUCUCGAAUCGCCAGAAAAGCAGCUAACACUAAAUGAAAUCUAUAACUGGUUCACACGAAUGUUUGCUUACUUUCGGCGCAACGCAGCCACGUGGAAGAAUGCAGUGCGUCAUAAUCUUAGUCUUCACAAGUGUUUUGUGCGAGUAGAAAACGUUAAAGGGGCAGUAUGGACAGUGGAUGAAGUAGAAUUCCAAAAACGAAGGCCACAAAAGAUCAGUGGUAACCCUUCCCUUAUUAAAAACAUGCAGAGCAGCCACGCCUACUGCACACCUCUCAAUGCAGCUUUACAGGCUUCAAUGGCUGAGAAUAGUAUACCUCUAUACACUACCGCUUCCAUGGGAAAUCCCACUCUGGGCAACUUGGCCAGCGCCAUACGGGAAGAGCUGAACGGGGCAAUGGAGCACACCAACAGCAACGAGAGUGACAGCAGUCCAGGCAGAUCCCCUAUGCAAGCCGUUCAUCCUGUACACGUCAAAGAGGAGCCCCUCGAUCCAGAGGAAGCUGAAGGGCCUCUGUCCUUAGUGACAACAGCCAACCACAGUCCAGAUUUUGACCAUGACAGAGAUUACGAAGACGAACCAGUAAAUGAGGACAUGGAGUGAAUAUCUGGGCAGGCCGACCCUGAGAAUGAAGAUUGGAAAAAGAAAAAAAAAAGAAACACGUCAAAAGUUAGCAGUGAAAUUGUUCUCCAUUUGUUGUACAGUCUGGAGGAUUUUCACUACAUUUUGACAACUCUGAAAUGUGUUAACUCUUAGUGCCAUCAAGAAUCCCAUUUGGGAGUAUUUUUGAUUUUUCUACUUUUUGUUGAAAAAAGGAAUUUGUACUCUGUGCAUUGGAUGGACUUGUUUGGUACUUGGGAUUUUCCUCUCUUAACAGUCAACAUCAGUGUUGUAAAUUUGCUAAACUGAUUCACUUUUAGCAGCAGACUUUGAACUGCAGUCCUGCCAACGUUGGACACUGAGGACGCCCGACGGAGCUUGUGCACCUAAGCUGCAGACCAAGCCUUUGCCCAGAAUUUAAGGAUUCCAAUGGACGACCUAUUUGCACAGUACUGCAUGUUGAUUAUCACUGCCUUUACUCCAUUUUGUUUUUUUUUGUUUUUUUUUUUUUUGCUUCCAGUUGGGAUGGGGAAGGCCUUUGUGUGUGUAUUGGGGGGAGGGGUUAAAAAAUAAUUAUCCCAAACUUUUUAAUGUAUUGCUUUUUUUUUUUUCCUUCUACUAUACCAUUUUAAGUUCUGACCUCAGGCCUCCAUUUGGGCCCACGGCCUCUUGGAGGCUUAAAGUUUUCUGUACCUUGUGAUGAAUGUUAAUAGGUGUUUUUAUUAUACAAAGCUGAAUGUCAUUUCUUGUUUGUAGCUUUCUGUCACUCAUUCCAUCUUCCUUCAGACAUCACCACGUUUCUCUAAAGUCAGAAAACAUUCCGUUUUGGUCUUUUUAAAAAGGUCCCAAAUGCUGCACUCUACACAUGAAGGUCCUCUCACACAGACGUGACGUCCUGCCAGAAAGAGAAUGAAUGACAGAAAAAAAAUAGAGACAUACUCUAGGAACAAUGCGAUUCAUUCCAUGAAGCAGUAUUGGGGGUGGCUAGGGGGUGGUUUCCGGUUUUCCUUUUUUUUUGCAGCAAACAUCAUUCUUAAUAAAUGCCACAGCGUUCUGCCAGCACAAGGAAACAUAGGCAGCACCAAAAAAAUAUUCUUAUAUUAAUUAGACUGACAAUAUGGUCAUGAAGGUUCUCCCUUGUGUAAUCAAGUUGCCGCGGGCCGUGGGCUGUUCAUUGUUAUAACCAGUGUGGGUUGCUUUGUUUGCAAAAUGGCCAAAAAAGCUGGCUUCCCUGAGCAACUUUGCUGAAAGUGGUGGCAGUGGAGGCUCUGAGUUUGUACAUCAGUUCAGACAUGCUUGGUGGCAUUAACCCGUUUGAAUGCAAAUUAGAUUUCAGAUUGAACUUGUUAUGAGAGUUAAUGGGGACUGAGUUCAGCAAAUGCUAAAGUGUUCAUUUCAAAUGUGCAAAUUCGGUACUGCAGUUCAGUUUGUUAUGCAAUAUUAUCACACCAACCCAGUAUCAAAAACUAACAGUAGAAGACAUCAGAUAGGCCCUGGGCUUUGGGGAACCAAACAUGGUAUGCAAAAGGCGAUGGUUCUCGGUCAGGACAACCUCAGUCCUCAGAACCCCUUGACACCUCCACUCUGCACCCUCUUUCCUGUCAUUUAUUUAUCUAGGACUGUAGCUUUUAUUUUAGUUUGAGAGCCUUUCAAAGCUUAAUUUAUAUUCUUUGUACCUUUUUUUCCUAAAAUUACCAAAGAUAUUACACAAAGGUAAAUUAUGUUCUCAGUUUUAUGCUUUAUCUGAUGAAGCCAAAUAUCCUCUUAUUGUUGAUCAAAGGAGGCAAGAGAAUUGCAAAUGACAAGCUAUAGGCUGUUGCUAACCUGAGAAAGAGAACUGCUCCUUCAUCAUAGAGUAAAUUUAGAAAGCCAAGUAGAUAAUGGAACCAAAGUUGUUACUUUUUCUUGGUCGUUUUUGUUUUCAUUUUUUCUUUUUUUUUUUUUCCCAGUACCUCUACAGAGACCAAAACUCAUUCUUGUAACGAGCAAUUUAUGGGGCUACUGCAGAUAAAAACAAGACACAGUAUUAAAGGAGCCACAGAUGGAAGUCCCAUCUUAAAGAAAAAAAAAAAAAAAAAAACUGAACGUAUGCCACUGAAAUUAGAGUAUCCAGUAAAGGAGACAGUGACGAUAAGAGUCAGAACAGAAAAGCUUCCGCAAUGGAACCAGACCACAUAAUAGUAUUUCUAGAAUAAAAACAUUUUUUAGAAAAAUUAUAUGCCACUUUUGUUUAAGGGCUGUGCUAUGAUCACUGCAUUAAUUUUGGUUUAUCUUGGCAUAUAUCCUCCAGUUUGUUUUGUUUUGUUAUUAAUUUGUUCCUUUUUUUCUGAUUAGGCUUUGGUCAGCAUUUUUAAUUUUUUUUCAAAGUAACACUCCCGUCCACUCAUAAGCUUGGUACAAAAACUUCUCUGGCAGUUACUUUUGAAGCUUCACUCUGCUUUCUGUAUAAAGGGCAGUCUGUGGUCACGCAAGACUUUUUUUUUAAACUUUUCCAGGCAGCUUCAUGAUGUGCAGCAGUAGCCAGACAGGGUCAUGGGAAGGGGGCCCUGUGCUUCUAAACUGAGUGGUUGCUGGUUAGUUUGGUAUUCAAAAGAGGAUAAAAAUCUGGUAGAUUAGUUCAUUCUCAGCAUGUGUAGCUAGACAUGAGUAAAGAUAACAGCAUGAGAAACUGUUAGUACGCAUACCUCAGUUCAAACCUUUAGGGAAUGAUUAAAAUUAAAAAAAAAAUACAUUUCACUCAGUUGCACUUAGUCGUAUGUCUUGCAUGCUUAGUCUAAAGACUGUAGCAAAAAAAAAAAAAAAGAAAAAUUAGAUUUUACAUAUCUUUGCAGGUAUCACAGCCUUGCACAAGAACCAACUGAAAAAAAAAUUCUCAGGCUUUAACAGCAAGCAAACUUCACUAUGAUUUUUACAGUUCUGAUUCUGUAUCCCUCGGGGGUAUUCCAGUCGCUUCUUUAGGAUGGGGUUUAUUAUGUUGUACAUAUAUCCCGAUGUGUCUGUGUGAAUCUUUGUCUUUUUUGGGGGAGGGCGGAGGGCGGUUCUUUUUUUAGAUAUUGUUCCUAAAAAGGAAUAAAUGCAUACACCUGUUUGUCAAAACACCUUUGCUUUUUGUGCAACUGCUUUAUAUUAACGAUACUAAAAAAAAAAAAACAAAAAAAACAGCUUUGGAAAAAAAAACUACUGUAUGUAAUGGAAUUGCAGAAUUUGCUGGACAUGUAUUUUAUUUAGUUAUCUCCUUGCUUUAAGACUAUUGGAUGACAUUUUCUGACAUGUGGGAGGGAGAAACUCCCUAACUUUUUUUUUUUCUUUUAAAUUGUAACAUAGUUGACAGAUUUUUUUUUUUUUCCUGUUCUCAUUGAUUGGAGCAUUUUGUACAGGUUUUGUGUGUGUGUGUGUGCGUGUGCGUGCGUUAAUCUGUUUUUUGAUACAUUCCUAUCCCUUGUGUUUAUCCUACCACUGCCUUCCUGGCUAUCUUAAACAAGUUCAUACAUUUGAAAAGAAAAAAAAGUGUUGUUUUAAAAAAAUGUUUUCUCCUGCUGCAGUAAAUAUUUUGCAUGAUGAAAUUCCAGGGUCACACUUUCAAAGUUUAUCAGUGAAGUAGUGAUUACUAACGGGGAGUGUCAAAACUAUUAAACUUUUGUAUAAAAAAGAAAAAAAAACUUUACAAGGUGCCAAGAUGUAAAGAAAAAUUUGUUACUUUUUUUUUUCUCAAAGAAAAGCGUACAUUAGGGAGGUAGUCCCAUGUGUCAGACAAAUGCACUGUUAGGAAUGAGGACCCACCCUCCCUGUCCCUAGAGUCUGUCAUAUAAGAUGAGUUAGGCUGCCACACUGGACAGCAGCAAAAUGGACUCUCAAGGCUUAUGUAUGUACACAAAGAGUGACCACCAGGCCUGCCACCUUCGGACAGCUCUAACGCUAUUUCCAGCAUCCUGUCAGACCUAGGAAAGAAAACUUUGGAUUCUUAACCCAAGAUAUGAUGUAGAUCACUAGCUUUUUUAUCAUGAAAAAAUAGAGUUACAAAAUACUUCUUUCCACAUUCCAGCUGAGCGCCGUUUCCAAGGGCACAAAGAAGAAUGUGCUUGUAUGGAUUUUGAAUCUUUUUGGUACCUUUUGGUGAAUGGCAUACCCGCCUGAUAUUUUGGAUAUUUUCAAAGUCGGUUUUGCUUUUUUAUCCUGAGAAUCAGAUUUCCAGUUUGAAAGGCAUUUCUUGGGCCCAGUGUAGCUCACACAAUCUCUGCUACCCAUAAGCCUUGAUGAAGAUGGUACAGUCCGGACUGUGAGCAUGGUGCUUCGUGUGUAUGUGCUGCCGGUAACAAGAAUUUUUUUGUUUUGUUUUGUUUUGAUAAGGCAUAAAAGAACUCAUUCCUUGACAUCAACUGUAAUUCCAUCAUUCCAUGUCUGUGGAUACAGACAAUAAAAAAAAUGUUGUGUAGUCAGUACUAAUUACUGACAUUAUAGCAUUCUCAAAUGCAAUAAAAAUGCUGGUUGUUCACACUGGUA